CACAGCUGCUGUGACCGAUGAGGUUGCUGUCACUACUGCAGCUCCUGUGACUGGCGAAGUGAUCAUCAGCACGGCAGCUGGGGAAGCUCCCGGUAGAGACAAGGAUGAUUCUGAUGCUACCACCCCGGUCGCUACUGAGACUGCGGCUGGCACUACUACGAUCGAUGCUCCUGUCGAGCCUACAACUGCUAUCACGACCCCUCAACCGGUCAGCACAGCUGCUGUGACCGAUGAGAUUGUUGCUACUACUGCAGCCCCUGUGACUGGCGAGGUCACCAUCACGACGGCAGCUGGGGAAGCUCCGGGAAGAGACAAGGAUGAUUCUGAUGCUACCACCCCGGUCGCUACCGAGACUGCGGCUGGCACUACUACGAUCGAUGCUCCUGUUGAGCCUACUACUAUCAUGACGUCCCCUCAACCGGUCAGUACGCCCGCUGAGACCGAUGAGGUGGCUGUCACUACUGCAGCCCCUGUGACUGGCGAAGUGACCAUCAGCACGGCAGCUGGGGAGGCUCCCGGUAGAGACAAGGAUGACUCUGAUGCUACCACCCCGGUCGCUACGGAGGCUGCAACUGUCACGACUACGAUCGGUGCUCCUGUUGAGCCUACUACUAUCACGUCCCCUUUCCCGGUCAGCACAGCUGCUGUGACCGAUGAGGUUGCUGUCACUACUGCAGCUCCUGUGACUGGCGAAGUGAUCAUCAGCACGGCAGCUGGGGAAGCUCCCGGUAGAGACAAAGGAUGA